AUGAUACGAUCGAUUACAUCCCAUAUUCUUAAAGCAAUUCACCCAAACUAGGCCUCAAAAUGCUUACCUAAAUAUUACUUGUCUGAUAAAGUCAAAGAAAAGUAAUUAAGAGAAAAUGACAUGCUUUGGAUUGCAGCAAAUGCAGAGUACUAAAUAUUCAAUAAUCAUUAGUGACAAAAGGUGUUCAAUCAUCGAGAUUCAAAAAUUCAUAUAAGAAGAGCCUAUGCUUGAGUAAUCCCCAAUUCGACUCAUUGAUUUGGGAAAUAAUUAUUUUCGACACAUAAAUCCCAGAAAAAAAAAGACUAUGCUUUAACUUUUAGAUGCCUAUGUUGAUAAUUUGACUUAAGAUGAAAACAAACUGUUUUAAGAUGCCCUAUCAAUCUACUUUGAUAAUACUUAUUAAGGGAAGGACAUGGAAACCUUAAGUUGUGAAGAAAAGGAUUUUCCAGAACCAUUAUUAUGGCAUAUCUAUAGCUUAAUGAUAUUUGAUAGAUUGAGCAGCAAUUAUGCACGAUAUGAAUAUUUGGAUUAAUUCGGAGUCAUUGAAUAUUUUAAUAAACGAGAUAAAGUAUCAAUAAAUUAUAUAUAUUAACUUUUAGUCUAAAAUCAAUCGAGUGAAGUAUGUAUUUACUUCUCAUCCAACUUAACCAAAUUCAUUGACCUAGUUGAUUGCUAUAAGUAGAAUGCUCCAAGGGAUAGAAUAAAAUGAUUACAAGUAUCUUAAAUAUGCUGCUAAGUUAUUUAUUUAAUCUAAUAAAUAAAGAGUUUUCAAUGUAAUUUAUUCAACUUAUUAUUUUAUAGAAAGUAUCCUACAUUGAAGAAUCAUUAAUAUAUCACACCUAAUAUUUACCCAAUCUUAUUAAGGCUGUGGCUCAAGCUUAUGAAUUAGGUUUGAAUAACCCAGAAUAAUAUAUUGAGACUCCAGGUACUUGGUUGACAUUUGAUUUUGAUAAUCAUCCAGGAAUGGUAAGCAUUUUAUUUCAUUUUUUUAGGAAAUUGGUAUUAUGACUUAUACUCAUGGGUUGACUAUUGAAUUGACCUUGUAAUAAUAUAAAGAGUACAUUUCUGAGGCCAAAUUAAAUGAGAAUGAAGAUUUUAAAUAAAUUUUAGAAUUAUAUUAAUAAGCUUUAGAUUAUAGUAAAAACUUAAGAGAUUUAAGUGAUAAAUUUAGAGUUAAGAAGGAAAUAUCACUUGAAGAAUUCUACUAAUAAAUGCCUAUAUUUAAUAUCAAAAAGAUAGAGGAUUAAAUUAAUUAGAUUCUAGAUCAAAUCUUAACAAAGAAUGAUGAUUCUAAGGAUUAUUUUAUAGCAUUAAAGCUGAAGAAACUCUAUUCUAUUUUCAG